AUGGAGGUGAAGGAUUUCUUCGAGGAGGAAAUGAGGAAGAACAGAGUAUUCUCGGCAGAAGAACGUGUACGAGUGAGCCAACGGAUGAAGGAGUACUGGCCAAAGAGGAAGGAAGAGAACUUUAGAAAGACUGUGCGGCAUAUCGUGUCGGUGGAUACGACGCCGUACCUUGACCAGAACCCGGGCACCAGUGGACUCCGAAGACCGACGCUGAUAUAUCGCCAGAAAAACUACGCCGAGAACUAUAUAGAAUGCAUCCUGAAGGUCCUCGGCGACACUGUGGUUGGGAGUACUAUAGUCGUGGGAGGUGACGGUAGGUACCUCUGCGAAGAGGUGGCCCAGAAGGUGAUCAGGCAGUGUGCGGCGAAUGGAGUGUACAAGGUGAUCGCGGCACACAACGCGCUGAUGACGACGCCGGCGAUCUCUGCGGUGAUCCGCAAAUACGGCGCGCUGGGCGGCUUCGUACUCACAGCCAGUCACAAUCCUGCCGGCCUGCUUGGCGACUUCGGCAUCAAGUUCAACGGCUCCAACGGCGGUCCGGCGCCGCUUCCCUUCACGAAAACUGUUCACAUCACCUCGCGGCACAUCGAGAGCUACAAGACCCUGAGCAACCUGACUGUCGAUCUCUCGGACAUUGCGACCCACUGGUUCAACGUCGAGGGGCGAGAAUUCCUAGUGCAGGUGAUCGACUCGGUGGAUGACUACGUGCAGCUGGUAAAGGACAUAUUUGAUUUUCCGCAUCUGAGCCGGCUGCUAACGGAAGGUCUUGGAGGAGAGCCUUUCCGCCUGCUCGUGGAUUGCAUGCACGGAUCUAGUGGACCGUACGCGCGCAGAAUAUUCUGCGAUGAAAUGGGCGCGCCACCUGAGACGGUGAUGAACGCGAAGCCGGUGGAGGACUUCGGUAACCACCCGGCGGACCCGAACAUGACGCGCGCCAGCCAGCUGCUGCAGCGCGCGCGGGCCGGCGCCUGCGACCUGGGCGCCGCGCUGGACGGCGACGGCGACCGCUGCCUGCUCGUGGGCCGCGGCGGGCUCUUCGUGCCGCCCGCCGACUCGCUGGCCGUGCUGGCCGCGCACCUCUGCUGCAUCCCCUACUUCUACAGCCGCACCACGCCAGGCUUCGCCAGGAGCAUGCCCACCGCCGCCGCCGUCGACCGCGUCGCCAAGGAGCUCGGCCUCGAGUGCUACGAGAGAGGUGGUGGACAGGUGCCGACAGGCUGGAAGUACUUCGGGAACCUGAUGGACGCGGGCCUGGUGUGCCUGUGCGGCGAGGAGAGCUUCGGCACGGGCUCGGACCACAUCCGCGAGAAGGACGCGCUCUGGGCCGUGCUGGCGUGGCUCUCCGUGGUGGCCGACCUGCGCCUGCACGUCCACCAGAUACUCGCCGACCACUGGAAGCACUUCGGCCGCCACUACUUCCAGAGAUACGACUUCGAGAAGUGCAACCGGGAUAGCUGCAAGCGAAUGAUGUUCGCUCUGGAGCAGUUGGUGGCCAGUGGGACCAUGGUUGGCGAAUGCUUCGGGGACGCCGACUUGAUAGUCGAGGCCGCUGAGAAGUACCGCUACGUCGACCCUAUCGAUGGAACUGUAACCAAAGACCAGGGCAUCUGGGUGCGCUUCGAGGGUGACAGCCGGCUGGUGUUCCGCCUGGGCGGCACCGACAGCUCGGGCAGCACGGUGCGCAUCUACUGCGAGCGCUACGAGCCCGACCCCGAGCGCACCGACCUGGACCCGGCGGAGGUGGUGCAGCCGCUCUACAGGGCCGCCCUCGACGUACUCCGCCUGGAGGAGUUCACCGGCAGGACCGAGCCCGACGUCGUCACCUAA